AUGGCGAAGAGGUUUGCGGUGUUGAUGUGCGCAGAGGAUUCGGAGUACACGAAGAAAGUGUACGGAGGGUAUUCUGAGGUGUUCGUGAGAAUGCUGGCGGAGGAGGGAGAGACUUGGGACGUGUACAAGGUGGUGCGUCGGGAAUUUCCCGAGGAUCAUGAGUUGGCUCUCUAUGAUGGCUUUGUAAUCACUGGCAGUUGCAGCGACGCACAUGGAAACGACAUAUGGGUUCGUGACCUUCUCAACUUGCUUCGCAAACUCCACUCCAUGAACAAAAAACUCCUCGGCAUUUGCUUCGGCCAUCAGAUACUUGCGCGUGCAUUGGGAGGGAAGGUGACUCGUUCUCCUACUGGUUGGGACAUUGGUGUCAGAACCAUAACAUUGUCACCAUCUUUGCCAUUCUCUUUGUCUUGUCUUGAUCUUCCAUCAAGGCUUUCCAUUAUCGAAUGCCACAGGGAUGAGAUCCGAGAACUUCCUGCGAAGGCAGAGGUGAUUGCUUGGUCGGAUAAGACUGGAAUUGAAGUGUUCAAGUAUGGAGAUCACAUUAUGGGAAUCCAAGGUCACCCAGAGUAUUCUAAAGACAUUCUUUUGCACCUUAUUGAUCGUCUCAUUCAACAAAAUUUCAUCAUAGAUACUGUUGGUGUUCAAGCAAGGGAGAGGGCUGCACUGUGGGAACCAGAUAAGGAGGCUUGGAAGAAAGUGUGUGUGAGCUUUCUGAAGGGUCGAUUGUGA